AUGGAUAGUCUUUUAUCUUCCAGUGGAAUGGCUGGUCAGAUCCAGACCUUGUUAUCCUCUAUGACCGACGGAGCUGCCAGCGGAACAGGUAUUGUGAAGCUAUUGAGUAUUGCCAAGUCAUAUUUAGGUGUGAGUGAUGUCCACGACAUACCUAACUACUUGAUUCUAUCAGCAAAAGAUGUUCAGCAAUCGCAAUUUGGAUCGUAUCCAGAUAGCAACGACGUUGCACCAAGUGCAGUUUUUCUUGCAUGCUUCUUAAUUCUAUUUUUUGGACAUACCACAUUAUUUUUGGUUAACAGGUCGAGAGGCCACAAGUUCUACAUGUCGUUAGCUUUUGCUUUCUACUGCUUAAUGAGAUGGCUUGGAUUUGCUCUAAGAAUUGUUUGGGCAAAGGAUAUCUUGAAAAUGAAGGUUGGUCUUGCAUCCGAGGUCUUCCUUAUUAUUCCAACUGUUCUUUUAGCCUCGUUCAACUUGGUUCUUGCCCAAAGACUUUUCACGUGGAAGCACCCUAUUCUUGGAAAUAAGAAGUUUUUCUGGCAGAGUAUGUUGGCUCUUUAUGCCGUUGUUAUUGCAGUUGUUGUUAUGUCUAUCGUUGCCGGUGUUGUCCCAUACCUUUACUUUUUAAGUCAGAGUCAUUUCGACAUGUGCCGGAAUGUCAUGAAGGUGACAUCUGUGCUGAUUGUUCUAUAUUCCUUAUUGGCUAUGAUCUUGAUUGGUGCAGCAUACCUAUUCCCAACAACUGAAAAGGACAGACAGUCACUCAUCUACCAGCCUUUCUGGAUCAAGUCUUUCAGACCAACAUACUUCCCUAAACGUAAUGCUUCCAAAGAGGGAGAGUUGCUUUUCCUUAGAAAGCAUGCCGGUGAUAGCAGAGAGCCAUUGAGAACUGUUGUGGGUGCUGGAUUGAGACUGAUCGAUCAAAAAGAUGAGCCAGAAUCAGAUGAGUUGAACGAAUUUGAACAGAGUGGUGAGGAAAAGUUUGCUCUUAAGCACAACCAGUCCAUUAUCAUCAUUGCAAUCACCACUAUUUUCGUAUUCUUGGGUGCAAUCUUCAGAUGCAUUGGCUGCUUCUUGGAUACUACAUAUGCCAAUCAAGGAUGGAUAUUCAAGCCUGUUGUCAUGUAUGUUUUAUGGGGUGCCUUGGAGACUAUAGUGAAUGUUUUCUACCUUGUUGGAAGAAUCGAUUUGAGAUUUUACAGACCAGACUCUUUCCCUAAGGGUGCUUUGCUGGAUGCAUCAUCUAGAAGCUCUGAUGAGAGUCUGGACCACGAGAAAUCUUCAAACGUCGAAACGACUGUUUAG